GCGGCCCCACGUGUUUCUGCUGGAGGCCUACUGUCAGCUGCAGGUUCUGCUGUAGGUGAAGUUUCCCAGGUGUGGAGUGCAGAGGCCUCCCGAGGCCGCGAGGACGUCACUAUGGUGGGCCUCCUCCUCCUUCUUAGAACCUGUUUGGUUCCCGAGAAGGCUCCCGAUGGGGGAGAAAGGCCUAAAGCACUAAAGGGAAAAAGUGGAGGACAGGAAAAAAAAGUCGUCCAUCCGUAUAGUAGAAAAGCAGCUCAAAUUACGAGGGAGGCCCACAAACAGGAAAAAAAGGAAAAGUUGAAGAAUGAAAAAGCAUUGCGUCUCAAUCUUAUUGGUGAAAAACUGCAGUGGUUUCAAAAUCAUCUUGAUCCCAAAAAAGGAGGAUAUUCAAAGAAAGAUGCUUGUGAAUUAAUUGAAAGGUACUUAAAUCGAUUCAGCAGUGAGCUGGAGCAGAUUGAGUUACAUAACAGCAUCAGAGGCAGGCAGGGGAGACGGCACUGUUCCCGGGAGACAGUCAUCAGACAGACGAUGGAGCGCGAGCGGCAGCAGUACGAAGGAUACGGCCUCGAGAUUCCAGAUAUUGUAAAUGCAGGUAAUCUGAAAACUUUUAGGGAAUGGGAUUUUGAUCUGAAGAAAUUGCCAAACAUUAAAAUGAGAAAAAUAUGUGUUAAUGAUGCUGUUCCCAAAAAACUCAAGAAGGAAACUAGCACAGCUGUUGACGAAGAUUUAGGGGACUUGGAACUAAAUGAUGAACCAAGUGACUCAGAUGAAGAAAUGACUGCGGUGGCCUGAUUGUUCUUCACUUGACUUGAAAAUAAAUACUGGAGAGCCUCAAGCUACACUUGAAUUGAUUAUAGCAAAUAAUUGCCUAGACACAAGGAUUUGCUAUUUAGCUUCUUUUACAUGAUGAGAAUCCCACUUGCAGUUUAAAAUGUUAUGAUUUUUAUUUAAAAAUGAAUUAUUUUUUUAUUUACAUUAAAUUGCUAAAAUAGC